CAGUAUGUAUCCAAGGUCGAUGGACAUUUCAGUGGCGAGUUUGACAUCAAACUGAGCACAGAUCAGCCUGAUGACAUUACUUUACGUGUCUGUUAAAACCCGAAGUUUUAUGAAAACGAGCCAAACUUAAAGGUGAAGAAACCCCAUCACCAGGUGUGCUCCUGCGCCGUCCCAGUGUGAAACCAGCCGGAGACCACAGGGGCGCAACUGAGCCGGUUACUGCCAAAGUCGGUCCCGUCUCGACAUUGUCAGAAACUUUCUCGAGCUGUCAGGAGUCAUGUCGAAUAACAGCGGUUUGGUGAGUCUGCAGAGAAGCGUCAAGCAGCUGCGCUUUGAAGCAGAUAUCCGCAGAAUCAAGGUUUCUCAGGCUGCGACAGAGCUGAAGUCAUUCUGCUUGCAAAAUGCCCACAAGGACCCUCUCCUCAUGGGGGUGCCGUCAAGCGACAACCCCUUUCGUCCACCCAAAUCAUGUGCGCUCUUCUGAGGAGUCGUGAAGAGUGUGGAGGAGCUUCGGGACACCCCUCGUUCGCUCACAACCCUCAGAUCGCCUUCACGUCACAGCAGAGCUGGUCAUCAUCACUACUAUUACACUAAACUGUUUAACCUUGUAAGCUGCAUUGGAAGUCUUGAAGUCUUUCACGUUCAGUGGUGUGAGUUAUGAAGGAAACCGCUGAGAAAUGUGAUUUGAAAGUGUGUAAUUUAAAGAAGGAGUGUUACACUAGAAGGAGGAAUUUAAAGCUGUAUUGAAGGAGAGGGAUGUCUUGAAUCUCAGGUUCUCUUUGAUAACGAUCGAUGCUGUGUUUCUGAUAUAAAUGAACUUUUCUGAAUACUGAAUGAGGUACUACUUUUUAUUCGAAUGUAUUUUCUCUAAUCUGGUGGGUGAAGGUUUCUGCAUAAUUCUGACCUUUCUUGAAUGUUAUAGUUUAUGAUAUUUGCUGGUGAAAGGGUGCUGCGUGCCUGUUGUGCUUUCAGACUAAGAAUUUGAACACCAAGUGACUAGGAGCGUAUCAGCUGGCCUGGUUUGCAUGUAUCUCAUCUUAUAUCUGUACUGUGUCUUUAUCAGUCAGCCGCUGGACAUUCAUGCAAAUCUCAGUUUUACUGCUGUCCUGCACUGUUAACUCUUUCAGUCUGUUUACCUCAUGUAGGUCUUGUGUUUUCAGGUCGAUUGCACCUACAAGAGCAACAUCUGAUUUAUUUGCAGCAAGAUACCUAUGUACUUUCCCUUACAAAACUGAAUCAAGAUGUCAUUGGUAAAUAAAUUAAAAUGACUGAGCCUGAAAA